AAAAAAAUUGUUUAAACAAAAAACUUUAAAUGGUAGAGAAAUGUUGCGACUUUUAAUAAUAAGUUCUCUAUUAAUAAGUAAUCAUAAAAUAUGUGUUCAAGGUUGCAACGGUCCAGGUGGUGUUGGUCAAUCAACAAGCAAUACCAAAGAUUGGUGGCAAACUUCUCAAUUCUAUCAAAUAUAUCCCAGAUCUUUUAUGGACUCUAAUGGUGAUGGCAUAGGCGAUUUAAAGGGCAUUACUUCGAAAUUAUCAUACCUCAAAGAGAUCGGUAUUAAUGCCACUUGGUUAUCACCCAUUUAUGUCUCACCCAUGGCUGAUUUUGGUUAUGAUAUAGCAGAUUUCUUUGAUAUACAACCAGAAUAUGGUACUUUGGAAGAUUUUGAUGAGCUUAUUAAAGAGGCCAAUAGUAUGGGUAUAAAGAUUGUAAUGGAUUUUGUACCCAAUCAUACGAGUGAUGAAUGUGUUUGGUUUCGAAAAUCUGUUAAUCGGGAAAAAGGUUACGAGGACUAUUAUGUCUGGCACGAUGGCUAUGUGGAUGAAAAUGGCACCAGAAUACCACCCAGUAAUUGGUUGCAAGCUUUUCGUGGUUCAGCCUGGGAAUGGAAUGAACAAAGACAACAAUACUACUUGCAUCAAUUUGCCGUUAAACAAGUAGAUUUAAAUUAUCGUAAUCCCGAUGUAGUGGCUCAAAUGAAACGUGUCCUAACCUUUUGGUUAGAUCGCGGUGUGGCUGGUUUUCGGGUUGAUGCUGUACCCUGGAUGUUUGAAGUUUUACCCGAUGAAAAUGGUCGUUAUCCCGAUGAACCAGUUAGCGGUAUAACGGACGAUCCUUUAGAUGAAAGAUAUCUCAAGCAUAUUUAUACUCAAGAUCAGCCAGAAACUAUAGAUAUGGUUUAUCAGUGGCAUACUUUAUUGGAGGAUUAUCAGCGUAUACAUGGUGGUGAUACUAGGAUAUUAAUGAUUGAAACUUGGUCUGCAUUGGAUUUAGUAAUGCUGAUGUAUGGCAAUAGAACAGCAAAUGGGGCUCAAAUUCCUUUUAAUUUUCAAUUUAUAGCGGGUGGUAAUAGUAACUUGAAUAAUACCGAUAUGAAGGCUUCAGGUUUUAUUAAGAUUAUAAAAUCUUGGCUGGAUAAUAUGCCGGCGGGAAGAACCGCCAAUUGGGUGAUGGGUAAUCAUGAUAGACGUCGUGUGGGCAGUCGUUAUGGUGAGAAUCGUAUUGAUCUAAUGAAUAUGUUGCAAAUGUUUUUACCCGGUAUAAGUGUCACCUAUAAUGGUGAGGAAAUUGGCAUGCUUGAUUUUGAGGUUAGCUGGGAAGAUAGUGUUGAUCCUGCAGCUUGUAAUUCCAACCCCAAUAUAUAUGAGCAAUUUACUCGUGAUCCAGAACGUACCCCCUUCCAAUGGUCCACAGCUGCGAAUGCAGGCUUUUCUACUGCCUCAAAACCUUGGCUGCCAAUUAAUCCCAAUUAUGUCACCGUUAAUGUUGAAACCCAGACGGCUCAAACAAAAAGCCAUUUAAAUGUUUAUAAGCAAAUGUCCAAACUAAGGCAAACCAAGACCCUACAAGAUGGUGCCAUAAAAUAUGGUAAUGUGGGCGACAAUGUUUUGGCUAUAAAAAGAUCUCUAGCCAAUGAAAAAACUUAUAUAUUAUUGGCUAAUGUUUUGGAUGAGGCUACCUCGGCCGAUGUCAAGGAUGCUAUCAAGGCUAGUGGCACUUUUAGAACCAAAAUAUCGAAUAUUAUUUCUACUAGAAAAGAGGGCGACUUGGUCACUUUAAAUAAUGUUUAUUUGCAGGGCAAUGAGGCCAUUAUUGUUGAAUCUGUAUAAGUUUAAUCCAAGUUGUAAAUUUGUACAUUGUGAAAUAAUUUAAAUAAAAAUAUUUAAUUUUUA